AAAAAAAAAGAGCAACCCCAAGAGAACAAGAACUGCUUCAAGCUCGGACACUGCCCUGGAGAAGUUCUGAGAUGUUGUUGGUACUGUUCACUCGGUGGAUGUGGAUCUUGCUGGGGAAGAGCACUGUCCUCUUGCUUCUGGAGGUGUCUCUGAAAGGGAGAGCCCUACCUCCAAUCCGCUACUCCCACGCUGGGAUAUGCCCCAAUGACAUGAACCCCAACCUGUGGGUCGACGCGCAGAGCACCUGCAAGAGGGAGUGCGACGCUGACCUGGAGUGCGAGACCUUUGAGAAGUGCUGCCCCAAUGUCUGUGGAACCAAGAGCUGUGUGGCCGCUCGUUACAUGGACAUCAAGGGGAAAAAGGGGCCUGUGGGGAUGCCCAAAGAGGCAACCUGUGACCGCUUCAUGUGCAUCCAGCAAGGCUCAGAGUGCGACAUCUGGGACGGGCAGCCGGUCUGCAAGUGCAAGGACAGGUGUGAGAAGGAACCGAGCUUCACCUGUGCCUCUGAUGGGCUCACCUACUACAACAAGUGCUACAUGGAUGCAGAGGCCUGUAUCAAGGGCAUUACACUGAACGUGGUCACCUGUAGGUACCAUCUCACCUGGCCAAACACCAGCCCUAUCCCCCCAGAAACAACAGCUCGCCCGACCACCGCCUACUCCGAGACAACAGUCAUCGAUAUCUUGCCACCUGUGCUGGUGAACAACCCCGUCCAGCAGUCCGUCUAUGUAGGAGAGACUGUCAGCUUCCUCUGCGAUGUCACAGGGAGACCCAAGCCAGAAAUCACAUGGGAGAAGCAGGUGGAUGGGAAGGACAAAGUCAUCAUGAAGCCAAACCACGUCAGAGGGAACGUGGUGGUCACCAACAUCGCCCAGCUGGUCAUCUACAACACGCAGCUGCAGGAUGCGGGAAUCUACACCUGCACCGCCCAGAACAGCGGCGGCCUCCUCCAGGUGGAUUUCCCUUUGUCAGUCAUCAGAGGAGAGCCCACAUCCAAGGAAGCUUCCCAGAACAAAACACAUUUUCCCACCGAUGAGUGCCUGAAGCAGCCAGACAGUGAAGACUGUGGGGAAGAGCAGACCAGGUGGUACUAUGAUGCCAAGAAAAACAACUGCUUUACUUUCAUCUAUGGGAACUGCAACAGCAACCUCAACCACUUUGAGACCUAUGAGCGUUGCAUGCUAACGUGCAUGAACGGCCCCAUCAACACCUGCAACCUGCCAGCCCUUCAAGGCCACUGCAAGGCCUAUGAGCCCAGGUGGGCCUACAACAGCUUGACAAAGCAGUGCCAGUCCUUCAUCUAUGGCGGGUGUGGAGGCAAUGAGAACAACUUUGAGAGCCGGGAGGCCUGCGAGGAGAUGUGCCCCUUUCCGAAGAACACGCACUGCAAGGCCUGCAAACCCCGCCAGAAGCUGGUGACCAGCUUCUGCAAAAGUGACUUUGUCAUCUUGGGCCGCAUUACGGAGCUGACCGAAGACCAGGACUCGGGACACGCCCUGGUGACGGUGGAGGAGAUUCUCAAGGAUGAAAAAAUGGGAUUAAAAUUCCUGGGGAAGGAACCACUGGAAAUCACGCUUUUGAACAUGGACUGGAGCUGCCCGUGUCCCAACAUGACCACAGUGGAUGGCCAGCUGAUCAUCAUGGGGGAUGUCCACAAUGGCAUGGCUGUCCUACAGCCAGACAGCUUCGUGGGCACCUCCAGCAUCCGGCGCGUGCGCAAGCUCCGCGAAGUCAUCCACAAGAAAACCUGUGAGCUUUUGAAAGAGUUCCUGGGAUUGCAUUAACCUCCCUCAUACGUGUGAGCUGCCCUGAUCCAUGUGUUAGUAGGGCUAACAAGUGCUAGGCUAGAGCCAAACUAAACUCACUGUUUAGGAGGAAGGAAGAUCCACUGUAGGAGUUACGCAGAACCCCUAUUUUAAUCCAUUAAUGAUGCUUAGCAACAACAUAGUUUGGUCUUUGGCAGGCAUGUAAACCAGCAGCAAAAGGCCAUUAAUCUUGCAUUGAAAUCAAUUUGUCCAUAUAGGAGUGCCAUUUAACUAGGUGACUCACUUCAGUAAUUAUACAAUUUUUAUCUAGCUUCCAUCAUAAAUGACAGAAUUCAUAGCAUUUGUUUGGCUAGUUGGUACACAGCUAAGAAAUACGUAAUGUCAAUUUAAUCUCUCAUUUUCAGUCAGUUUGUCAUUGUAAGUCACACACGGCUCCUUAUAGCAGCACUAAUAUUUCAAGAGAAAAGCCUGUAAAUUAUUGUCUAUAUUUACAAUUGUGUGCAUUUAACCAACCUAUGCAUUAUGAGUUUGCUUCUUUUAAUUGCAAUUUUCCUUUUUUUUUUCUUUUAAAAACCUCAUUUUUAAAUGGCAACUGCUACCUAUCUUGCAAUCCUUACUGGAGGAGAAACUCCCUUGGUUCUGUGCCCAGGACAACAGGUGCCUAUAAAAGCUCAAGGCACAGUCUCACCCUGAAAUGACAUUUCUGUCACCAGAAAAAGGUCAGCAAACACCCUCGUUCCCUAUUUAAGUUUCAAUCAAUAUAUUGUCUAUCACAAAAAGUCCAAACCAGGACAGCAGUGUGCUGCCAGAUGUCUUGCUUUUGAAAAGCCUUUACACCUGAGUACACACAGCGAUUUAUUGCUUAUUUUCAGUAUCAAUCCUGCUUUUAUAGAUGAGAGAGCAAAGUAAGAGGAGCCAGAACAAAAUUCAGCCUAGGAAAGUGAGAUACACAAUCUGCAAACUGCAUUAGGCAGACACAAAGCUCCUGAAUCUGAACUGCACAAACACCAGCAGACAAAGUGGACACUUUAAAGGUUUUUAUCAGUGUCACCCUUUUAGAGCCUUUUUAGAGUCUUUCAAACCUCAGAAUACACUUUCCACCUGGCCACUGUAUAUAGGUGUAUGAAUGAAUUCCCUAAGACAGCCAGCACAGGCUGUGGGUGGGAGCAGGUGAAUACACAUAGGAUAAAUAAUUUUAACACUUGUGUGUCCAAAAAAUGUAACAUUUGCCUAUAAAAAAAUCCUUAAAUAAAGAAAAGGCUGAUCCUGGAAACAUCCUGCCGUGCUGAGGAGUGUGAUUGAAAGGAAGAGGGGCGAACGUGGCACAGUGAGCCUUGUCACUGCUCCUUGUUCUGUGGGCUCAGCCAAGUGACUGUGGCAGAGCUCAGAGCUUGCUGCCCUGCACAAAGGGCCUGUUCAGGGCUGGAGCAGUGUCAAGACAUGUCUGGGUGAGAA